AUCUGAACUCAUUUGAAGAAGCCAGGGAGGAGUUUUGCUCACAAAUUCGAAGAUUUACUGAUAUUGGGAAGGAAACCAGCAUUUGCAUUAACAGGCGUGUAGAUUUGGGGAGAACUGCUCUGUAUAUAGCUGCAGAGGAUGAUUCUCUGGUAUCACAUUCGUCAGUUCCACUUUCUGUAGAUGAUUUCAUUUUAAGAUUGGAUGAUCUCUCAAUGGAGUACUGUCCUCACCACAGGCCCGAAUAUGAUUCAUCCCCCGAGAAGCUUUUAGAGAGCAUAGAGAGAUUUCUAUAUGUUCACAUGGGUUACAGGAGAACCAACGCAAAUCUAUUGGAGCCACAAGCACUUUAUCUCCACUCGGUUUUGACUCAUCGUUUGGGAUCCGCAGCAAUGCUGUCACUUGUAUACUCAGAAAUCCUGAAAAUGCUUCGUUUGUGGGGCAUUUUGUAUUUUGAUGCUGAAAUUUUUUUCCCUCAUGAUGUUUUUACCCUUCCCAAAGGCUAUCAUAAGCAGAAAAGCAAGGAGUCAGACCAAGCACACAUAAUGACGUCAGGAAACAUAUUAGUUGAGAUGUUAAAUAAUCUGAAGCAUGUAUUCUGGCCUUUUCAACAUGAUCAUUCCAAAACUUUAUUCUUAAGGGCAGCACAUGCUGCUAACUGUGUUGAUAGAUCUGAUUUUGUUGGAGAAAGUGGCUCUCAUACUGUAUCAGCUAAUGAUAUUCAACAUCGGCUGGAUCAGGGUGUUUGCACCAGCAUGCGUUUUGGGGACAUGAGGCGUUCAUUGUCUGCAUGUGAACGCCUUAUCCUCCUGAAAAAUGAUGCAAAUGAGUUAAGAGAUUACAGUGUUCUUCUCUAUCAUUGUGGAUUAUAUGAGCAGUCACUUCAAUACAUGAAGAAGUACCGAGAACUGAAGAAAUCACCUACACAAUUGACAUCAUCAAACACUCUUAGCAGCCUGGAAGAAGAUGCUGUGGAUAAUCUAAUGAUGCGCUUGAAUCUCAUCCUAAUGGAGCAAGGUUGGAGUCGGCCAUCUUAUGCCAGAAAUCAUCUCGGUAACAACUCUGAACCAUGGUAGUUCCUCUUCCAUGUUAAUAGAGAGAGCAUCAUCAAAGAAGAUAGCUUGACAGUUCAUGGCAUCAAGUUUUGUUUGUAUUUUCUGGACACAAAGCUUGGGAUUUUGGGAUACAUGCAGCUCUAGUUGUUCCAAUAGCUUGCAUGCUCUGCAAUCAUACAGAAAAAACGUGGUUACAACUGCUGAAGUGAACGAGAUUGUCCGAUAAAUCGGUGGACACACACAACCCACAGGUUGAUUGAAAGUAAGAGCCAUAUAUUAACGCAGGGCGCAGAGAAAAUUCUCACUAUUACGGUAUCACCUACAUGUGUUCCUGUAAUUAUAUAAUUCUGUGCUUUUUACUAUAUU